CCUCCCAACACAAACACAAACACACAUUCCAUUCCAUCCUCGUCCAACCCGAGGAGGAACAACAACAAACCUUGUCUUUCUCUCUCUCUCUCUCUAACCAUGUCAUCAUCAACACCAAUUCUGAAAGAUGAACUCGACAUCGUGAUUCCAACAAUAAGGAACCUUGAUUUCUUGGAAAUGUGGAGACCAUUCUUCCAACCAUACCAUCUAAUCAUCAUACAGGAUGGUGACCCUUCUAAGGUCAUUAAGGUUCCUGAAGGAUUUGACUAUGAGCUUUAUAACCGUAAUGAUAUUAACCGCAUUUUGGGUCCUAAGGCUUCUUGUAUUUCUUUCAAAGACUCUGCUUGUCGUUGCUUUGGUUUCGUUGUCUCAAAAAAGAAGUACAUCUUUACCAUUGAUGAUGAUUGCUUUGUUGCAAAAGAUCCAUCUGGCAAAGAAAUUGAUGCCCUGCAGCAACACAUUCAGAACCUGCUGACUCCAUCAACCCCAUUUUUCUUCAACACUCUCUAUGAUCCAUAUAGAGAAGGUACAGAUUUUGUCCGUGGAUAUCCAUUCAGUCUUCGUGAAGGUGUCCCAACUGCUGUUUCUCAUGGCCUAUGGCUCAACAUUCCUGAUUAUGAUGCUCCAACUCAGCUUGUCAAGCCUCUCGAAAGAAACACUAGGUAUGUGGAUGCUGUUUUGACAAUACCAAAGGGAACCCUGUUUCCCAUGUGUGGUAUGAAUUUGGCAUUCAACCGUGAAUUGAUUGGUCCUGCAUUGUACUUUGGACUCAUGGGUGAAGGCCAACCUAUUGGUCGCUACGACGAUAUGUGGGCUGGCUGGUGCGUGAAGGUGAUAAGUGACCAUUUGGGAUUGGGAGUGAAAACAGGUUUGCCUUACAUCUGGCACAGCAAAGCAAGCAACCCAUUUGUCAACCUCAAGAAAGAGUACAAAGGAAUUUACUGGCAGGAAGAACUGAUCCCAUUUUUCCAAUCUGUUUCUCUUCCAAAGGACUGCACAACUGCUCAGAAAUGCUACAUUGAACUGUCAAGGCAAGUUAAGGCAAAACUUGGAUCGAUUGAUGAGUACUUCAACAAGCUUGCAGAUGCUAUGGUCACUUGGAUUGAAGUUUGGGAUGAGUAUAACCCAUCUGCUGAGGAAAAACCUGUUGCAUUGCCUAAUGGUUCCGCAAAGUAGAUUCUUGAUCUUUGAGGAAUGACUUUUUAUGCAUGUGGCUAUACUUCUCAAUUUACUUUUUUCCAUUUUUUCUUUUCUUAGACCAAUAAUAAAGUUUGAGUGGAUCUUAUGUAGCUUAUGAUUAGACUACGUUAUGUUUCAAAAUUUUAUAGUGAGAUUAUUGCUUUUGGGAAUAUUGUUUUGCCAGAACUGAGGUUUUUACCUUGAUUGUUAUUUUCGUUGCAAGUAAUAAAAUCGGUUAGGUGCCAAAUA